AUGGAUAUCUUGGCAUCAUUCGUGCUAGUCACAUCUGUUCUUGCACGACAGGUGGUUGCCGUCACUACACAGCAGAUCGAGACCGACUUGUCCUCCAAUCUUUCUAAUAGAUCACACGUCAUUCUCACCACCGAUUCUUCUUAUCCGACUGAACUCACGCAACGAUGGAGCAUCUAUGAUAAGGCCGAGCCAACCUAUGCCGUUGCUGCCAAACCCGCUACAGCGAGAGAUGUACAGACGAUCUUGCGGUAUGCAACCAAGAACAAGGUCCCUCUUUUAGCAACUGGAGGUGGCCACGGGUACUCGACGACGCUUUCUGGCCUACACAAUGCGCUCGACGUUGACCUGCGCAACUUCAAGAAGAUUAAAGUCGACGCAUCCACCAACACCAUGGUCGUUGGAGCCGGUUCUACGUUUCAUGAUAUGUUCGAUCCGCUGUAUGCGGCCGGCAAGAUGAUGCCUUCUGGUGGGACUUCUCCGCCAAGCAUCAUUGGCCUCACGUUGGGUGGGGGUGUAGGACCUUUGACUGGUGAACACGGACUCCUGAUCGACUCUCUACUCUCCGUGGAAAUGGUCACCGGAUCGGGCGAGAUUCUAACGGCGUCGGCUACUGAGAACUCUGACCUCUUCUGGGGCAUGCGUGGCGCGGGCUUCAACUUCGGUGUGGUCACAUCAGCGACCUAUCGCAUCUACGAUACAAUCAAUGAUGGCAUGGUUUACAAUGCAGACAUGUCGUUUGAAGCCGAGAAGAACGCCACGAUAUUUGAAAUCUUCCAGACUUACCAGGGCAAGCAAGAUGAUAAGCUGGCAUUGACGAUUGGAUCCUCCAUCAAGAACAAUGUCCCAACAAUCGAUGUUUCCGCCAUUUACUACGGCAACAAGCAGCAGGGCGACGCCGCGAUCAAGUCGUUCAUCAACCAAAAGCCAUAUUACAGCAACAUUUCAGUCGUUCCCUACAACCGACUAGUAAGCGUGGCCAACUUUUGCGGCGAUAUAUUCGCUCAGCGAAAGGGUGUUGGGGCGGACAUGUGGGGGUUUCAGCUCAACAACCUCACUGUACCUGCGCUGGUCGACACAUUCACGAAGUACAUGAACUUCCUCCGUGCCAACCCGGCAAUAGAAAAUACCAACUGGAUUAUAGAGAAAUUUGGCCUGGGCGUAACGGCGAGUAUCGACGAUGAUUCUACAGCCUACGCUUGGCGCAAAACUGUGGCCUACGGCUUCUUUGCGUUUUACCUACCUGGCAACGUCACUGCGGAGCAAACCAGCGCCGUUGACACGUUCACCGCGAAGAUUCGCACCGAGUUGAUGUCAGCAUGCGGAAACCCCGAUGGCAAUGUGUUUCCCAACUACGCACGUGGCGACGAGAAGCCGGAGCAAGUCUAUGGUGCGACGAAACUUCCAAGGCUGAGGCUGCUGAAGAAGAGAUAUGACCCGAAGGGUUUGUUUAACCACUUCAACUCUUUUGCAUGA